CGUCUGGCUAGACAAGAAUGAGGAAGUGGAGUUCUACAGUAUGUACGGUAGCGCGAGCAAAACUCAGGAUAUUAUCUGGAUAUCGCUCAUCUAGACCCAGCGUAUUGGGCCCGCUUUACGGUAAAGCAAACAUACGACAAGCUCCAGCCGAAGAGGACGUUCACACCACACAUCUCUAACCAUCACAACAACCCUAGCGAGUGGAACACCGACAUCGCGAUACAUGGGCCGCAGAGUGUGCGGCACGGAUAGGAAUGGUACGAGAUGGGAUUUUUCGCAUGCUGGACACAGUCAGGGUCGGUUACGCUGCUGUGCUUCGAUCUGCCUACGAAGUCGCAGUCGCAUAUACAGUCAAUGAGCUGGUCGCAGGGCGUCUCUCGCUCCUGUCCAUACGCCGCGUUUCUUCUCGUCUUAGAUGCGCUGCUUCGGCUGUAUGAUGACUCGGUCUGGGCGAUCAGAAACCACAUCAGCAGGUGGGAGGCUAAAAGUUUAAUGGAGACUGAUUAUUUCCUUUUACACGAGAUUGCCAGACACGGGGUACACGUCAGCGAGACUCUUAGCGUCGCUAUACAGUCCCUCGACGCCAUGCAGCAUCACCAUGAGCGGUUCUGUACUAACAGUACCCUCGCCUGCAGUAAGAAUGGUCGCGGACGCUGGGACAAAGUCGGCAGUCUCUUUGAGUUCCAGCUCGGCCUCCUACGAGGUUUAUUCCAACGAUCUGAAGCGAACAACGCGCGAAUCCAAAAUGAAAUCACCCUAGUAAGUCUAGUCUAUAACAGGCAGUAUAUAGCGGCUCUCUAAGCUU